AUGAGCGAGGACGAGGACUUCUCUCCUCCAGAGUCUCCUGAAGACCCUCCUGUAGAUCAUGAGGACCACGGAGGUCCUGAGCCGUAUCGGUUUGAUCCGUUAGCAGGGGCAGCGAGUGAUCAGGACAGUGAGGUGCAGGAGAGGACGGGGGACGUCUCUGAAUGGUGUUCUUGUUGUCACUGUUCAAAGCUCUCUCCUCGAGAGAAUAUCUGCUGCAAGGAGGUGGCAAAGUUAACAGAACACCAAGAGCCACAACAGAACAAUGUGAUGCAUAGAUGUGAGCAGGUUGGGGUUGCAGCCUGCAUAACUGCCCACCCAGGUUUCCAACCAGUUGCCCUCAACCCCUAUGUGCUGCAGGCUCUGUAUGAGACAUACAUGCAGCUCUAUGGGGAGAUGCAGACACCAGAUCUCAAGAGUUCCUACAGACACCUGGCAUACUGCAAUUUUGUGCGGUGGUGCUGGGGAUACAUGGACCAGAACAUCAGGGAGGUCAUCCCUUCUUGUGUUGUCACCCGCAUCAGAUGAGAGUUUCCUGAACCUGGUUUCCAACUCCCUCCCCUUGAAUAAAAACAUUGUUUCCACGUUUUUGUUGGGGCAGUAUGUUUUUC